UCAAACAUCCUUAUUCUACACCCAUCUUGCCCUUUGUGCUCAACUCGUGCCAAUAUUUUCAAGAAGAUUUCCAAGAAAUAGCAUAUCAACAAUUAAAAAAAUAAAACCCCAAAACAACCCUUAUUUUCUAUAAAUACUGUUUCUUAUUUUCUUAUCACAAGUCUCAAAGAAUCAGAACAACAAAAGAAAAAAAAGCUAAUAUGGGGAACACUCUCGGAGGAAGAAAAACAGCAAAGGUGAUGAAAAUUGAUGGACAAACAAUGAAAUACAAGACACCAAUUUAUGCCAACGAGGUACUAAAAAAUUAUCCAUCUUUAGUAUUAUUAGAAUCCGAAGAAGUGAAGCAUUUUGGGAUUAGAGCAAAGCCAUUGGAACCACAACAAGAGUUAAAGCCUAAAAGGCUUUAUUUUCUUGUAGAAUUACCCAAAUUCCCCGAAGAGAAUAAUAAAAACACGAGGAGAGUCCGUUCAGGCAUCCAAAUGAGCGCGAAGGAUAGGCUAGAGACAUUAAUGCUAUCACGGAGAUCGGUGUCUGACUUGUCAAUCAUGAAGCCUGCCAGUAUUAUGACUGAAGAGUGUUCGUCUUAUCAUAAUAAUAGCUUCGCUUCAGGCCCACUCAAUGGUGGUAAGCCUCAGGCCCACCCCGUGAGGCUGAAGUUGAGGCUACCGAAAGCAGAGGUGGAGAAAUUGAUGAUGCAAAGCAAAGAUGGGAGUGAUGUUGGUGAGAAAAUUAUGAGACUUUGCAUGAACAACAAUGGUGGAGGAGACAUGUAUCCAAGUAAAAGUGGGCCGUUGAAUGGAGAAGAAAAUAAUUGGAAGAAUAAUAAUAAUGGAGGAAUUAUUAAAAAGGGAAUCAGAUCUCGAGAGAAACGUGUAGGGUUCUUGCCAAUUACGGAAGGGGAGAUUCAAUUAGCAGUGGCAGCUUCGUAACAAAGAGGGCAAAAAAAAAAAAUCCAUUUAUUAUAUUAUAUAGUUUUAUGUAGUGUACAACUCCUCUCCGAAUUCACUAGCAGAAUUUUCAGCUAGUUAUUAGUACUAUCAUGUAUUAGUCAUUUUGUGUAUACUAAAAAUUAAGCUGAGAAUUAGAUGCCCAGAAGUGAAUUAUGUGAGAAACUGCUUACGAGAUAUAUCUUACUCGUUCUCCUUUUCUUAUUAUUAAAUUUAUCCACGUACUGUCUGAAA